AUGUUCUUGGCUGUUACUGAAAAAAUUGAGGAAUAUCCACUGGUGUCGUUGGACAGUGUUACCAAGCUCACAAUUAUUGUGUACUCGAUCACACUGCAAGUCACGGCGGCUGUCGUAUUCCUCUGUUUCGUCUGGAAUUACUUUCGUUUCGUAGAUAUCUGCAACACUUUGUACUGGGUACACUGUAGACUGUAUAAUAAAGCGCCAGAGAUCAAGGACAGAAUAAACGCUAUUGUUGUCAGCAUAGCCACAGGGAAUAUUAUCCUCAAAAUUGAGAGACUCAAGUCCUUCAUGAACAUCUAUUGGCUACUCUGUGACACCAUACACCAAGCCAACAACUUCUACUCUGGUCCACUGACGGCAAUGAUGGUCUGUUCUUUUAUCCAUGUCAUCAUCGCGUCCUAUUACUUCUUCUUGUUCGUCAGGAGUGGUGACUCUCUUAGCAUUAUUGUUCAGGGAGUGUGGCUUCUGGUUCAUAUUUGCUACACGGUUCUAUUAUUCAACUCAAGCACGGAUGUUACUAACUCGCUAGAAGCGUUUCUGAUACAGUUACCUCAUCACAAUGCAAGAUUUUCUGCUCUUGGAUUUUUCCAGAUCCACAAUGAAUCACUCACUACGAUGGCGGGAGCAGUGACUGCAUAUAUGGUUGUACUGAUCCAGUUCCAGUCUGACUUAGGUUCAACCUAA